ACUUCACCCAAAAUUCAAAAGGACUUGUGUUAUGCUUGUGCAUUUCUAACUGUUCAUGAAAUUAUUAAGCAAAUGAGAGAUGAUGUUUUUGCUAUAUUAGUUGAUGAAUCAGGGGAUGUUUCUGGUAAAGAGAAAAUGUCUAUUGUUGUGCAUUUUGUUGCUAGUAAUGUUUAUGUUUUUGAGAGAUUUAUUGGUCUUGUUCAUGUAAAAGACACAGUUACAUCAUCUCUUAAAGAAUCUCUUGAGAACAUUAAUUCUAGCACAAUAUGGUAUGUGCAUCUCAAACAUAAGAGGACAAGGCUAUAACGGAGCGAGUAAUAUGCGGGGUAAGUUUGGUGGAUUGAAAACUCUAAUUCAAAAUGAAAAUCCCUAAGCAUAUUAUGUCCAUUGUUUAGCUCAUCAAUUGCAAUUGUCACUUGUUGCUGCUGUUAAAGGACAACAUGAAGUUAAUUGGUUACUUCUUCAUGUUAGUCGCGUAAUUAAUAAGAUCUGCUCAUCAAAUAAGCGACAAGAAUGCCUUCGUGAUAAACAAGCAAGUGAUUUGAUAAGUGCUUUAGAAGCUGGACUAGUAAAAACAGGAAGAGGAUUGAAUCAACAGUUAGAACUUGUCAGAGCAGGUGAUACACGAUGGAGUUCUCAUUACAAAUCAUUGCUUAAUUUGCAAAAAUUAUUUAAAUUUGGGAUUGAGGUACUCGAAGAUUUGGAAGACCAUGAUAAAAGUGGUGAAGCCACUUCAUUGUUGAAUGAAUUGCAAAAUUUUGAAUUUUGUUUCAUGCUUCAUUUAAUGAUCAAUGUUUUGGCCAUUACACAUGAUCUUUCACAGAUAUUGCAAAGACGUGAACAAGAUCUUGUGAAUGCUUUGAAACUAGUCACAAUUGUCAAACAACGUUUAGCGGCAAUGAAAACAGAUAUUGGAUGGGGUGCUUUGUUUGAUGAGGUUGUUACUUUUUGUAACAAAUUUCAUAUAGAUGUGCCUUCUAUGGAUCAGAAGUACAUCAAAGGAAAAAGAUCGAAACGCAGGGCACCGAGUAUAACCAACAUGCAUCAUUACAAACCUUUCGAUUGCAAUGGUGUGCACAAAGAAGCAUCUCACAUAUCAGCAUGUGUAUACACUUAUUAAGUUAUCUCUACUUCUCCCAGUAGCUACAGCAAGUGUUGAACGGGCGUUUUUCAGGUAUGAAGUUCGUGAAGAAUGAGUUGCGGAACAAGAUCUGCGAUCAAUGGUUGAAUGAUUGCUUAGUUACAUAUGUUGAGAGAGAUGUUUUUGGUACUAUUAGUGAUGAUUCUAUUAUAGAUUAUUGGGAAAGUUCCUGAAAUAGGACUAAAACAGUUCCAAAAUUCUAUAAUAGGAUUGUCAUGUUUUUAUUCCCAAAAUAUGACUAAUUACAGCCAUGUUUAGAAAAUACUUCCAUAUUGAAGUCUGGUACUGCCAAAACAUGGGAAUAAUUAGUCCUAUUUUGAGAAUAAAAACAUGGCAGUCCUAUUUUGGAAUUUUCAAACUGUUUUAGUCCUAUUUCGGGUAAUAUCUCUAGAUUAUUUCCAACAAAUGAAGCCUAGAAGGGUACAUCUGUAGAAUUGUUGAAUGACUUUUGUAUGUAACUUUUUGUUUUACAAUAUAUCUUAAUGUUUUGAUAGUGUACGUUAA